AUGGCCAUAUCCACUUCUGCCAUUUUCAAAACCACAAUUUGCAUCUUAUUUCUAACCCGUUCUGUACAAUCUUCCUAUGGGACUCGAAUCCUCAUAGAUACCACAAACGACCUGCCACCUGCACUCGACGAUCCACUUCCAACCAAUCAACCCGGUACCACUGGUUCAAUCGGCGAGAUUGACACCCCUCAUGAAGAUCCAACGGCUUCGCUACCAAGUGGUCAAAUCCCCGCCACGGUGGCACCAGCACCAGUGGUGUCCCCAGCUGUCCCUUUACCGGCUACACCUAUCAUCAAAACACCCGCCACCAAUGUGGCACCAGUGGCCGGUGCUACACAGGCCGGAGGGACAGGUGCUAUAGGUGCUACACCAGCUGGAGGGGCGGGUGCUAUAGGUGCUACACCAGCUGGAGGGGCGGGUGCUGCAGGUGCUACUAAGGCUGGAGGAUCGGGUGCUGGUGUCGCUGGUGCGGGACACCCCACGUUGAGUUUCUUCAUGCACGAUGUUCUAGGAGGAUCUCAGUCUACAAGCAGGGUCGUUACAGGAAUUGUAGCCAGUUCUAGUGCUAACGUUGUUCCCUUCUCUACACCCAACAGCCAAGUUUUCCCAAUCACCGGCGGGGUCCCGUUAAACGACAUCAACGGUAUAGUCAACAACAAUAACCUCCCAUACUUGGCCGGUUUUAACGGUAACAACCCCAACAAUCCAAACGCCAACACCGUCCUUCAAAACACCGGGAACAACAACGUCGGCAACGGCGGAAACAACCUACCAUUCGUCGCAGCCGGUCAACUUCCGGCAGGGAUAACACUCCAACAACUCAUGUUCGGGUCAAUCACCGUUAUCGACAACGAAAUAACCGAAGGACACGAGCUAGGCACCGGCGUGCUGGGCCGAGGACAGGGUUUUUACCUGUCGAGCUCGUUGGAUGGGAGUAGCCAUACGUUCGCACUGACGACACUGUUUCAUGGCAGCGACCACGAGGUGGAAGAUACAAUCAGUUUCUUUGGGGUUCAUCGGACGGCGUCGGAGGUAUCGCACAUCGCCGUGAUCGGUGGGACCGGAAAGUAUGAGGAGGCUAAAGGGUAUGCGACCAUUGAGAGUCUGCCUCAGGUGGAUGAACACACCACCGAUGGUGUGGAAACCAUUGUCCACGUUAAUAUCUACCUCACUGAAUCAUAGACCAUGAAGUUAGUGUGGUGUGAAUUACUUGUAGGUUAUGGUUGUCCUACUUUCUGCUUAAAUUGUCGUACCUUGGAGUGAUCUGUGAUCAAUAUCUGUAUUUGUAUGGUGGAUUUUCAAAGUUUAUAAUAUUGGUUUCUUUUUCUAUAUAC